AUGCCGCUGCUGUCGGAAUGGACGGAGGAGAAGAACGCAUGCGUGGACUGGGCGAACCCGGAAGAGGUCUUGUGCAAUGGCUUCACGUUCCUUCAGUUGUUGGCCGCUCAUCCACGACUGCGCCAGCACUAUGAGGCGGCGGACAAGCAGUCGGAGCGUUACGCCGUGAAAGACACUUUUCUUUUCGGGUCUGGCGAGGAGAAAGUGGCGUGGCUGACGCGGUGGCAUGCACAGCACCUGCUCUCCCUCCGCUCGGAACGGUGGUGUCGCUUCUGUGGUGAAAGCGGCCACACACGUCUGCACUGCUCGCAGCGUCUGCGUUCCGCGUCAGCCGCUGCGCCCGAGGACCCAGCGACCCUUACUGCCACUAAGGGCGCAGGCCCGGCAGGGUCGCCUGCCGCGUCGUCAAGGGAUGCACCGCCGUCGUCGGUGCUGAAGAAAUACCUGGAACACCUGCAGCGUGUGGAGCUGCGCCGCAUCCUUGAAGAAAAGCAGAAGCCGCGGGCGGAGCCUACAGCGGUGCACCGAAGCGGUGCGGUUGCCGCUCGUGCUUCCGCAACUGCCGCGACGAACCUCUUCGCUGCAGACGAGCGCCGUCGCGGGGCGGUGUGCCGUCUCGACGAGGCGAACAACAUCGGCUUCGUAGCCGUGGCUGGCAUGGGCGAGCUGAAGUUCUUUGUUGACCGUGUCGACGUCGGCGUCAAGGCGGUCGCCGUUGGUGACAACGUCACCUUCAAGCUGGACUCCAGCCGUGACUACCCCAUCGCCGUCGACGUGCGCCACGAGCGACCGGUAAUUACGCUGGAGGAUGUCCGAAAGUUUCUUCACCGCUGCCGUGCCGCCCGCCACCCCAUUAAGGUUAUGGCUACCCUUCUCAUGCACACACACGAGUGGUUUGUACUGCUACGCUGGCUGCACGUGCUGCGCGAGCAGGACGUAUCGCUAUACGUCGAGGCGGUGCACGCGCUGGUCGAGCUAACCACCUUUGUCGGUAACCGCGAACCGAUUCACGUGCCGGUUCUCAGUGCCUUCUUGGCGCUACUGUGCACUGCACCGCCGAACACGCCAGCAGCAGCCGCGGCGACUGCACCAGGGGGCGGCGCUACAACCUUCACUCCUGCUACAGCUACGGCGCCGACUGCAACUCCCGCGGCUCCGCCACUACGGCUGCCUCGUUUCUACCCCGACAUGGUACGGGAUGCGCUAGAACUGCACACCACCACGGAUAAGCUCAGUGCAUCUGCGGCUGCUGCGACGGCAGCCGAGGCCCGGUUGGCUGAGGACAGAUGGGUGGAAGUGGCGCAGUUCGUGAUUCUGGUGCGCUGCUACAACCCGCUUUCUAACACAAGCAGCACUUCGAAAGACAGCACUGGCGAGGCUGCCGUGACUGACUUGGAAACCAGCGCCGACCCUGAAGCGGCGGUGGUGCGGCAGCUCCAAGCCUUCUUUGCCGAGCGGCUGACGCGAGCGAGCGGAGCAGCCGUACGCCGCCUGCAGGUUGUCCAGGUGCGUCUUGCACAGCAGACUCGGCCACCGGCAGCGUGUCGAACUCUGGAUACCACCACCGGCGCUGCUGUUCCCAGCAGCGGCUCGUCCGGGGUUGCCCUCAUCCCCACAGCGGAAGAGUUCUCGGUCCCCCCGCCGAGCCCGGCUUCCGUCUUUGCGGCUGCGAACCUGCCUGUCAGCGGGGCCGCCACGUACACGGACAGGGAUGCGUUCAUUCGCGACCAGUGCAGGCUUCUGAGGGCCGACACCUUUGAGGCUGUUAGUCGGGUGCUGCCGGCGGUGUGCUACACUCUGCCGUCGUAUGAGCCGAGCCAGGAGACGAUAUCCGAUGUGCAGCACGCUCGCGUGUACUCACGGGUGCGGUGCCUCGGCAAGGUGAUGACCAGCGAUCGGGACUACAGCCACCCCGAGAGCUACCUAUUGGAGGUGCACCCACACAGCCCCAAGGCGAACCUGCGAGCGCAACUGCACGAGGGCACGACCGUGUGCAUCUCCACAGCUCUCGAUCCGACCACCAUGCGGAGCAAUGAGCUUUUCUGGGGUGUUGUGUCCUCUUGCGACGCCGCCCUCAUGGACGUCGGGGUCAUCGCCGUCUCCCCGUGCGAAGGCAGCUCAUCCUUCGAGCUCAUGCGCGCCGCCCUCGACCGCAACGCUGCCGCUGAUCGCCUUGAUCGCUCCUUCCUCCUGGAAACCCCCAUCUUCAUGGCCGGCUACGAGAGCAUAAUGCGUGCGCUCGAGGCCUUCUGCGGCCCGCUGGCGAUGCCGCUUCCACUGGUGCACCAACUAGUCAGUCCAGAGGCGGCGGCUUCCAUGACGGCUGCCGCCGCAUUGGACAUUAUGGCGACCCACUCCGCAGGCGCCGCGGCGUUGGGCGACGACGGGGAUCAGCUAGUUGAGUACAUCCCGCCCCACUGUGCGGUGACGUUCCAGGAGCUCACGGAGGAGAUCCGCAGCCAGUUCGCUCUUGACGAGGGGCAAAAGGCGGUCAUGCGCCAGCUUCCGCUCUCGAAGAUGAUCCUCGUGCAGGGCCCACCAGGAACCGGCAAGUCCUUCAUUGGCUGCCGUGUGGUGGAGGCAUACGUGCGGUACAAGCAGCUCGUUGCAUCAGGCGACAUUCUGCAGAAGGUCAGCAUCGACAUGCUCCGCUCGACCCGGCUGGAGGACCUGCUGCCGCAAGUCGGCCCCAUGGUUGUCAUCACGUACAAGAAUCACGCACUCGAUGAGUUCCUGCUGGACUUGCUCGACUGCGGGCUGUGGGAGAUGAACCGCCCCCGUGUCGGGCAGCAGCUCACCGCCGGCAUGUCAGCUGUUGCGGCAGGGAUCUCACUCUCGUCCAGCGCCAGCACGUUCCCGGGCGGCAAGCGGGUGGUGCGCAUCGGUGGUCGCUCGCGUGAGGCCCGCCUCGACGGCUACAACCUCGGCGCCCUCCUGCACGGCAGCAUGGAUCGCGUCGCCAUCAACACCCUCAAGGAGCGUCUCUUCGUGCUGAACCAGCGGCUCGAGCGGCUGGCAAAGGAGAUUCACUACCUGGAGAACGGCCGGGUACCGCGGGUGUACUUUGAGCGGUGGCUGACGGAAGAGCAGCGCCGGCACAUCACCUUCGACGAUCGAGAGUCGUGGCUGGCAGGGGAGAGGUACAUUGGUACCCUUGACGAGGCGGAGGAUGUAGUAUCGCCCGCGCACUACCAGUCCCUGCUGCAGACGCGCAUGGCAGAGCUGCUCGGCGCACGGCGAACUCAGGUGUCGUCGCCUGACGCGGAUGCGACUGCGAAGGAGGGGCCGGCGACAGGCGCCGCAGAGGCGGAGGCGGGAGAGGAAGAAGGCGUGUCAUUGAGUGUCUUUCAGGAGAUGCGACGCGAGGAGGAGAGGCGCGAGUUUAACAACCAGCUGCACCAGACCUAUCUCUCCGCUGAAGCGCUGCUUCUUGCCAGCCAACCACCGUCGCGGCCGACUGGGGUGCCAGAGGAGCUCCUCUCCCUCUGGAGCUUGACACCACGGCUGCGGCACGAGUACUACGCGUACCUCAUUGCCAGCACCAUCGCCGCCAAGGCGCGCGACUGCCUGACGAUCAUGGAGACGAUGAAGAACGUCAUUCGGGUGCGUCGGCAUGCCAUGGACGAGCUGAAGCUAUCCCUUUUACAAGGCGCGGAUGUGGUGGGGCUGACGACGACGGGGUGCGCUAUGAAUCAGAACCUACUGCGCUCGCUGCGCCCAAGUGUGCUGGUGGUGGAGGAGGCCGCCGAGGUACUAGAGUCUCAGCUGUUGGCCUGCAUGACAGACUCGCUGAAGCAGAUCAUUCUCAUCGGCGAUCACUACCAGCUCCAGCCCAAGGUGGAAACCUUCCAAUAUGAGAAGAUAAACCGCCUGAACCUGUCCUUGUUUGAGCGACUGGCGCAAAAAAUGCAGCCGAUUCGACUGACGGAGCAACGCCGCAUGCACCCGGACAUCUCUCGGCUUAUUCGCCCCUUCUACUCGCCGCAGCCUCUCAUCGAUCACGUGUCAGUGCUGACGCGGCCGUUUCCGUCGGCGUCGGGAGUGGCCGGGACGGAUCGGGUGCCGGGACUUGCCACGCGCGUGUUUUUCUGGCGCCACCGCCACCCCGAGGAGGAGGCGCCCGGUAGCCGCAGCAAGGUGAACACGCGUGAGAUUUGUAUGGUGCAGCAGGCCGUCGCCCACCUUGUCUCGCAAGGUGUGCUGCAAAAGUCGAUUACCGUGGUGACGCCGUAUCUCGGGCAACGCCGCAUGCUGCGCGGUGUGCUGCGGCUGCGCUCCUUGGCGGACGUCCGCGUCAGCACCGUCGAUCUCUAUCAGGGUGACGAGAACGACGUCAUCAUCCUUUCUCUGGUGCGAACCGAGAAGCUGACGGACUUUAUUCGGACACGCAACCGCUUGAUUGUCUCGUGCUCUCGUGCCCGCUUCGCCAUGGUGAUGAUCGGCAACGACGAGCUGCUGCGCCAGUGUGAUCACUGGGAGCAGGUGCUAGACCAGCUACAGGCUGAGCAGUGCAUCGGUGAGAGCCUUCCCAUAACGUACCGUGGCCAGCCGUCAAAGGUGGAGCAUAUGACCGUGGCGGGGUCCGUCUCGGCGGCGACGCUGGAGGCGGAAUUGACGGCACAGCAGCAGCAGCAGCAACACAAGACGCAUCAGCGCCGUCCACCGGCCGCAGUAGACACCGCCGACGGCGCUGAAGGUGUUGUGCCCGACGAGGCAGGUGGUGGCGCUAACAUCAACGACAACGGCGUUGCUGAAGAUGGGGCCGACGGCGACGCCGAACCUGAUAGUAGCGCGGAGGAAGAUGCUUAA